AUGCACUCGAGGUGCACCAAGUUCUGGGAAGAUGGUCAAGUUCUGGUGGCUGCUGUCUCUGUGUCCGAAAACGUCACCAGGAUGGAGCAAUUGCAAUGUAAAAUUGUCAAGGAGCUACGUACCAUCAGUCGCUUUCUACAGCGUAACCAAAGCCAGCGUUUCGGUGACGCAGCGCAAAUAAAACUCGUCGACUGUGUGGGGCACUACGUGAAGCUGAGCAAACAGGGAGGUACCAUGAUGCCAAUCGGAGACGCGACGUUCCAGACGUUGAAAGACGGACUUGCCAUGCCGUUCAAUGUCUUUGGUACGAAGCAGAAGAAACGCUUGCUCAAAUGGUACAAUGAGCUCAUUGUUAUUGUCGGUGGAGACCCAGACGCGACAAUAGCUGGUGAAGUUGCCACGGAGCCGAGUAGAAAGUGGAUUGUCAUGGACAUCGACGAAGACGGAUAUCUGUCACUUGUGCAGGUAGAAACAGGUGAGUCCAAUGAGAGUUUCUGGAUAAAGAAGAAAAGCACAGAGUACAAACGGAUCAAAAUGGCAUUAGAAAACAAUGAGGUGACCGUUUUCACGAGGGCCAACGAGAUCGAGGAGAUCCAAAUCGAUGAUGACAAGUAG